CCGAUCUCCUUGCACCCCCCCUCGGCCCCUAUACUCCGCUUCUCCCCUUGCGCUGAUUGUCACACAUUGUUUACUACGGCUUGAAAUGUGACUCACAACAGAGGCUGUCUGCUGGAGUACCGCUCUGACAAAGCGAAGGAUUUCUUUUCUUGACGCGCUCCGUGCGUCUUGAUAAUUUUUUUGGAGGGGACACAGGUUUGUGGAGACUAACCCUUCUACCAUGUCAGUGGAUUUGCUUGCGCUUUUAUCCGUCCUGGUCAUCACGUCCUCUGCGAUGGAAGAAACUUUGAUGGACACUCGGGUGGCCACAGCAGAACUGGGCUGGACGGCGUAUCCUAACUCUGGGUGGGAGGAAGUGAGUGGCUAUGAUGAAAAUCUUAACACCAUAAGGACCUACCAGGUGUGCAAUGUCUUCGAGCCCAGCCAGAACAACUGGCUCCUCACGACCUUCAUUGAUCGCCGCGGUGCGCAGCGGAUCUAUGUGGAGAUACGAUUCACAGUGCGCGACUGCAGCUCCAUUCCAAAUGUCCCUGGCUCCUGCAAGGAGACGUUCAAUCUGUACUACUAUGAAACUGAUUCUGUCAUUGCCACCAAAGGAACAGCCUUCUGGAUGGAGGCCCCCUACCUCAAGGUGGACACCAUUGCUGCAGAUGAAAGCUUUUCUCAGGUGGACUUUGGCGGGCGCCUAAUGAAAGUCAACACAGAGGUGCGCAGCUUUGGCCCGCUGUCGAAAAACGGCUUCUACCUGGCCUUUCAGGACUACGGUGCCUGUAUGUCUCUGCUGUCAGUCAGGGUGUUUUUUAAGAAGUGCCCGAGUGUGGUCCAAAACUUUGCAAUCUUUCCAGAGACCAUGACAGGGGCAGAAAGCACCUCCUUGGUCAUUGCCAGAGGAAUCUGCAUCCCAAACUCAGAGGAAGUAGAUGUCCCGAUAAAGCUCUACUGUAACGGAGAUGGAGAGUGGAUGGUGCCUAUUGGUAGCUGCACAUGCAAGGCUGGGUUUGAACCUGACAAUGGCAAUGUUUGCCGCGCAUGCCCUCCAGGUACUUUCAAAUCAACCCAGGGUCCAGGCCUUUGUCUGCAGUGCCCUUCCAACAGCCGAUCCACAGCUGAGGCUGCCACUAUCUGUGUUUGCCGCAAUGGCUACUACCGUGGCGAUGCUGAUCAACCGGAUGAACCCUGCACCAGCGUUCCAUCCAGCCCAAGGAAUGUGAUCUCCAUUGUGAAUGAGACCUCAGUGAUCCUGGAGUGGCAUUCUCCCAGGGAAACAGGCGGCCGGGAUGACGUCGUCUACAACAUCGUGUGCAAGAAGUGCAGAGCGGACCGACGCUCCUGUUCACACUGCGAUGACAAUGUGGACUUUGUUACUCGACAGCUGGGUCUGACAGAGACCAGGGUCUUCAUCAGUAACCUGUUGGCUCACACCCUCUAUAGCUUUGAGAUACAAGCUGUCAACGGUGUCAGCAACAAGAGCCCAUACCCAGCACAACAUGUCACCAUAGACAUCACCACCAACCAGGCUGCCCCAUCAAUUGUUCCCAUCAUGCACCAGAUCAGCUCCACCAUGAACAGCUUCACACUAUCAUGGCCUCAACCAGAGCAACCCAACGGCAUCAUCCUUGACUAUGAGCUGCGCUACUACGAGAAGGAUCAUGCAGAGAUAAACUCUACUGUGCUGCGCAGCCAGACCAACACUGCACGUGUGGAGGGCCUCAGGCCGGGUACAGUUUACGUGGUACAGGUGCGGGCAAGGACUGUGGCUGGAUUUGGCAAAUACAGCAGCAAGAUGUGCUUCCAAACCCUCACAGAUGACGACUUCAAGUCUGAGCUGAGGGAACAGCUUCCUCUGAUUGCGGGGUCAGCAGCUGCUGGAGUGGUCUUUAUUGUUUCGCUUAUUGCCAUCUCCAUCGUGUGCAGCAGGAAAAGAGCAUACAGCAAGGAGGCAGUGUACAGUGACAAGCUGCAACAUUACAGCACAGGAAGAGAACUCUCUUUGCGAGCCGACAUGUCUAACUGCCCCUCCCCACUGGGCUGCCCGACCCACUUCUCAGGCUCACCAGGAAUGAAGAUCUACAUUGACCCCUUCACUUAUGAGGACCCUAACGAGGCAGUGCGAGAAUUUGCCAAAGAGAUUGAUGUCUCCACUGUCAAGAUUGAGGAGGUCAUCGGUGCAGGCGAAUUUGGAGAAGUGUACAAGGGUCGUUUGAAGCUGCCUGGUAAGAGGGAGAUCUAUGUGGCCAUCAAGACACUGAAGGCUGGCUACGUUGAAAAGCAAAGGCGAGACUUCCUGUCUGAAGCCUCCAUCAUGGGCCAGUUUGACCAUCCAAACAUUAUCCGUCUGGAGGGUGUCGUCACAAAAAGCCGUCCAGUAAUGAUUGUCACAGAAUUUAUGGAGAAUGGUGCCCUUGACUCAUUCCUAAGGCAAAAUGACGGUCAGUUUACGGUGAUCCAGUUGGUGGGAAUGCUUCGUGGGAUAUCAGCAGGGAUGAAAUACCUCUCAGAAAUGAAUUACGUCCAUCGUGACUUGGCUGCACGAAACAUCCUCGUCAACAGCAACUUGGUGUGCAAAGUUUCUGACUUUGGCCUGUCACGCUAUCUGCAGGAAGACACGUCGGAUCCCAGCUACACCAGCUCUCUGGGUGGAAAGAUCCCAGUAAGGUGGACAGCUCCAGAGGCCAUUGCUUACAGAAAGUUCACCUCAGCCAGUGAUGUGUGGAGUUAUGGUAUCGUCAUGUGGGAGGUGAUGUCAUACGGAGAGAGGCCUUACUGGGACAUGUCCAACCAGGAUGUAAUCAAUGCUAUUGAGCAGGAUUAUCGUUUGCCACCACCCAUGGACUGCCCCAGCGCCUUGCACCAACUGAUGCUGGACUGCUGGCAGAAAGAUCGCAACGUACGACCUCGCUUUGCAGAUAUUGUCAGCACCCUCGACAAAAUGAUCCGCAAUCCCACCAGCCUAAAAGCUGUAGCCAACAUCCCUGCUGUGCCUUCUCAGCCAUUGUUGGACAGAUCCAUACCUGACUUCAACACCUUCAGUUCGGUAGAGGACUGGCUUGCUGCCAUCAAGAUGAGCCAGUACAGAGACAACUUCCUCAACUCAGGCUUUACCUCCCUGCAGCUUGUGGCUCAGAUGACCUCAGAGGACUUACUUAGAAUAGGAGUGACCUUGGCAGGCCAUCAGAAGAAAAUCCUCAGUAAUGUCCAGUCUAUGAGGGUGCAGAUGAGCCAGUCACCUACAACGAUGGCAUGACUACAGGGGGCGCUGUGCCAUGGAACGGGCAGCAUUCGGAGGUCCAACAACAGCAGCCCCCGAAUGACCCCCGAUCCAUCGGAACGCGCCAGAGUCGAGACUAUCGUCCUAAUCUAAACCCCUACCAUGGCAACAGGAGACCAGGGUUUGCGCAACCACAUAGAAAAGGGUUGUCACAUCUCACGCUAUCCACCACAUGCUUUCAAGGUCCAUACCUGGCACUUUUUUCUCCAUUUAUCACAAAGAAAGACAAAGACCAAUUUUGUUGUUUCCAACUAUAUUGGUGUCAUUGUAAACCAAAAUGACUACUACAAUCAGACAUCAGCACAGGGAACAACUUACGAAUUCAGCCGUUGUGGUAAACAGUUGAUAUUGUGCUUCUAUAUUAUCUGGACUAAAACACAUUUAAAAUGUAGACACAAGUGUGAGACAUUUAGAAACCUGUGACCUGUGAUUUUUUAUCCAUGCCGUUGUCAGUAUAUGAGAUGAAGGCGGCUUUAACUGGUGGGACAUAGGAUACAGACAAAGACGCAACUAAAGGGAGAACUAACUAGUCGGAGAGGUAUACAGGGAUGUACAGUGGAGCAAUUCAACUUUUGCAUUUUUUUUUUUUUUGCUUGUUUAAAAAAAUUUAAUACUGUAUUAUAAAUGAACAAAUUCAGAGCUUUGUUAUAUUUUUGUCUUUUACCAUCUGUUUUAUGUGUUGUCACUAUAGCAAGACGCCGCCCACUUGUCUCUUAACUUAAACACUACCUGUGGAAAUCCAGUUGGAAGGCUUUGCCCAUAGGACUUUUUAACUAUCUCCACCAAGAGAAUAUAAAUAUGUUUAUCUCUUGCUAAAUAUGAUUAUAUCUUUCAUAAUAAACCUUCAUAUUGAAGGUGUUACAUAUGAAUAUGUAUGUACAGAACUCUCUGCUUGCAUUUUUGGCAAAGACAUGUUGACUAGAUUGUGAUAGACACAUGCAAUGUGCAGUUUCCUGUAAAUCCCUGGUUUCCUUAUCACUGCUGAACAACGGACUAUUGGUUCAACAUCUUCAUGUUUCAGGAGCACCCUGAUAACUUUUCUGACUGAAUCUUAACUGAGGAACUUGUAAAUUGAUUAUUGGUAAAGAACUGUUAUUGUAGAGCUGUAUGAAAAUUGUUGUAGGAGUUAAAAUAUUGGGGAAAAAGUAUUUUACUGGAGAUCAUGUUAAAUGUGGGUGUAUACAUGCCGUCUCUUGCUGGUGAGCACUUACAUGUACAGAUAUGUUUUAUGUUCCAUUUGCAUUUUUAUAUAUUGCUUGUGUUGGGAUUGGUCAACAGGAGGAAAUGCAAAAUUAAUUGUUGUGGCUUGGCUGACCCAAACUCAUGGUAAACAGCUGCUAAGAAAACAAGACAUAAAUAUGCAUUUGCAUUAAAUUAUUCUGUCCAGAUAGAUUUAUUUUGAGGUAAAUUCUAACAUGUGCUGUAAAUAUGUUAGCAGGGUGAGACUUUCUAUGAAUUUGAAAUGCAUGAGAGAGCAGCUAAUCAAGGCAUUGGAAAUCAGGGUAAAUCACCAUCACUUCCUUUCACAGUAAAAAUGAACAUCUGGGCGGGGGUUUGCCAACAGGAACCCAGUGCCAUUUCAAUGAACACACAGUCUUAAAUAGCCCUCAAGAGCUUGAUGCUCACUAUAAAACAUGACCUCAUAGAUGCUGAUGUAUUUAAGUUACUGAGCCAUUCUAUUCACCCUCACUGUAGGGGUUCGCCAUAUGGACGGGAGAGAUGAAAGCAAAUGCUGUGGUGUUGAAGAGAGUUUCACACAAUCAUAAAGAUUUGGCUACAUCACUCUCCGAGGAUGGACUGAAAACUGCCUAUGAAAUUCCUCCUCAUCUUUAAUGUAGUUUAGGGGAAACAGUAAUGUCCUUUUUUAGUCUAACAGCAGCACCCAGCAAAAAAUCUUAAUAAAUCUUAAUAUUGGAGGACAGAAAUUUCCCCAUAACUUGCUACCAUUAUCAUGCAUGUUAUUGCCAAAAUAAUUACCUAUUAGUCAUUAUUAAGCAAAUUAUGUUGCUUAAUGUAAAUCAACAUUAUGUCUCAAUUGGUAUUGCAAAGUGAAUAGGUAAGCCAACUUCAUCAGUUCAUAUCAAACAGGUAAUGAAUCAUUUUUAAGUAGAGCCUUCAGAAUGGGAACAUAUUCUGCCUCAUGAAGAGCUUGUUGUAGUAUGAUCACUAUUGACACCUAUAGUUGUUAUUAUCUUAUCUAAAAAUACCCAGAGUUUUGCUUUGAUUCUUUCAUGCGUUUUUGAGGAAUUCUUCAACCUCCUUUGGCAGCCAUUUGUAAUGCAUAAGCACCCCUGAAAAGCUCCUCUAUCCAGCUGUAAUCCUCAGCUGAGCCUAUGUCUCUCAAAUCACCCCCCUCCCCCACCGCCACUUCCCCACACAGCUCCUCCAGACUAGCAGCAGCAGCAAUUAGCAAACACCUGUUGGAACAAAUUACCAUACAGAUUACCUCUCAGUUCAAUGCUUCUAACAAAGUUUGUAAAUAACAUAACGGACAAGCGUUGUUAGGGUCAUGUGCUGAAGGCAGAAUGUUGGAAAGCAGGAGCUUCUUAAAGAGACAGAAGUAAAUUUCAAGGUAUCACAUUAUGAAGUCAAUUAAGUAAUGUUUCAUAUAUAUAUAUAUA